CUGCCAUAAUCCACAACAUUCUCCACCACUGUAGCAUUGAGGCACCAUAUCUACGGCCGCCAACAUGAAGAACCGUCACUCCUCCUUCUUGGGCUGUCGUGGUAGGCGUCUAACCUGGAUGAUGGCGUUCACCAACGUUUUCCCUACGUUCUUUAUCUAUGCGUAUAAUAAUGCGGUCACUGGGGGGUUGCUGACCUUGGACUCCUGGGUGUCGCUGUUUCCCAUCAUCGACACAGUCCAUACCACAGGCGCGGCACAGGCUCAGGCCGCUCGUGUGCAAGGUAAGCAGCUUCAAUCGUGCCCAGGGCCGAUCAUUAUGCGUUCUAAGAUGGCUGUUUGAUUUCUUUCAAGGCACGGCAGUGGCCAUCUAUCUAGUCGGAUGCAUGCUCGGUUCACUCUCAUGCAUUAAGCUCGGAGAUAAAUAUGGUCGAAUCAAAACCAUAAUCGCUGGCAACAUCGUCAACGUCUUUGGCUCAAUCAUCCUGGUCUCAAGCUUCUCCUUUGCUCAAUUGGUUGUUGGCCGUAUCGUCCUCGGACUUGGUCUUGGAGCCAUAGUAGCGACUGUUCCAGCUUGGCAAGCAGAAUCCUCACUUGCCACACAUCGAGGCCGAUUUGUCGUCCUUGAAGGUACAUUCCCAUCUCUGGGUCUGGUGGCUUUCCAAUUCAUCGACCUUGGGUGCUUUUUUGACAACACGAGCUUUUCAUGGCGCUUCCCCUUGGCAAUCCCACUUCUCUUCAAUUUCCUCAUGCUUUCCACGAUCCCCUUUUUGCCUGAAUCGCCAAGAUGGCUGGUAAAGAAAGGUCGAAUCGAAGAAGCUGUCGAGAUUCUAGCGAUCCUGGACGACGUUAGUCCCGACUCCCCUCGCAUUGCGGAAGGGAUCCGCCAUAUGCAGCGAUCGCUCGAAACAAUGAGCCAGGGAAGCAUGGUGGGUAUCCUCAGAGACAAAGAAAACAAAAUGAAAUUUCGAACACUUGUUUGUCUCUUCAUCACAUUCUAUUGGUCGUUGAACGGCGCCGGCCUGAUUGGGUUCUACACCGUCCCCAUCUUUUCCUCGCUCGGAGUCAGUGCAAUUAUUGCUCGCGUACUCUCUGGCUCCAUGUAUGCUUGGCAAGUUCCCUGCUGCAUGCUCGCCUAUCUCUUGGUCGAUCGCCUUGGGCGAAGAUUUCUCCUUCUCCUAGGUGCAGCUGGCAUGGGCAUCGUCUUCGUCAUAAUGGCAGUCUGUGUUUCCCUAGUCCCGGCGAACAAGGCGGCCAUGAUAAUUGCAGCAGUCGCGAUGUACGGCUUUGGCUUCUUCUACAGCAUGUCUCUGGGUGUCAACUGGCUUUACCCCACGGAAAUCACUCCACUGGGCUAUAGCACGCAGAUCUACGCACUGUCGACAGCUUCCCAGUUUGCCCUUACUUUCAUGGUCGUUGAGGUCAGUCCGAUUGGCAUCACAAAUCUGGGAUGGAAGUAUUUCAUUGUCUUCGCUGCCAUCAAUUUGGGGCUACUCUUUCCCGUCGUCUAUCUCUUCUUCCCUGAGACUACAGGUCACUCUCUAGAAGAUAUGGACGUAACAUUCAGAACCCCCACGGGACCGUUCGGUGUGGUGAAGGCGUCAAAGCAUGUACGGCAAGACACUGUGUUACAUCCUUCAGGCGAGGUCGAAGUUCAGGACUUAGAGAUGGAGAACGAGAGAAAGGUUGGCACAGUACUUGAGAUUGAUCAGGUUUAAACAUCUCUUACCGAUGAGGCUUAUACAAGACAUAUGAGGCUCGUUCUGCCCGAAUUCCUCCAACACGGCUGAAUGACGACCUUUCAAAGGAUCGAUAUGAGUGACCUGUUUUUCAGCAGCUUUCCGCUAGUAGGCGCCUGAUUGUACAUUAAUACUAUAUGUACUGGUAGAUUUUAUGGCGAUGUUGAUAAUACACGGACGACUGCAUCGGCU